AUGGCGAAGAGAUCCUUAAUUUUGCAGAAGAAACUGAACGAAGUGGAAGCCCAACUCAACCAUGUCCUCUCUCUUCCGCCAGAAGAUCCUUCGACGACCCCAUGCAGCCACCAACUUCAGCGUUAUGACAUGGAGCAGAGGCUCGCCUUCGUGAAGACUCUGCUGCGCGCUGAGAUGGCAUCCCAUCCGUCGAAGCCCCACCACUUGAAGCACAUGGCUUGGAGACUCGGGGAACUCGAGAAAAUCUUUCAUGACUGGAACAGUUUCACGUUGACCUCCGCGGAACUUGAUCAGUAUCAUGUGGAUCGUGAUGGUAAUGGUGAUGGUGAUGACGGCCGUUCGACAUGUUCUUGCACCGAGUCCUGCCUCGACGACGACGACUGCAAGACAUCGGCUGAUGAUAGCCUGAUUGGCUCGCCGUCGGAGCGUGACAAAGAGGCGGCAGAAGGAGGCUCUGAAGUUGAAGAAAAUAACAAGGAAAUGCCGAUGGUGGUGUUUAAUAAUUCUGUUUUUGAACACGAUGAAGGUGAGGAGGAGAUGAAGGAGAAGGUGACUGAAGAUGAGGAGAGAGAUGAUGUGGUAGAGGUGAUGAAGAGAUCAUCAUCAAAUAGAAUAUCAGAAGAAGAAGUAGAGAGGAAGAGAGGGAGUAGUGGGGUUGGGAUGACGUGCGGGGCAAUGGUGACAGGGUGGAUGCUGGGGAUGGUUUCCAUGGGACUGGUGAUGUUGUCUUCUGCAGGUUUCCUCUUUCCAUGUGGAGGAGGAGAUCACCAAUAUGGAAAUUUUCUUAUUCCUACUUAA